AUGAACAUUUCCACCUUGAACCAUUGAUUUUCCAUAUACAAAGAUGCCAUGAAUCACAUACGACAGAAAUGAACGAUCAUCUCCCUAUACCUUUCCCCUAUUUAUAAGCUAACCUUCGUAGUUACGAUUUCUCGAAAACCUGGCAUCUUAUUUCAAAUUGUUAAGAUGCACGCAAAUCGAAACCUCGACCAAACGAUUAAUCGCUCGCUGUUUCCAAAAUCGCCUCCAAAUCAAAGAUUAAAUCGCCCAGAAGACGCAAAGGCUCUCGGUCUUCGAGUUCCAGAUUCCGACAGCUUUAAAUCAAAUUCGACCUCGUUUAAAGGCCCCGCUCGCCUAUCCAGCCCCAAGUCCACUAGAAAAAGAUCGAACGACGAUAGCAAACUCAAGAAAGACGUUAAGCGUCAUCGAAAUAUGGACGUAAAAACGUCGAAGAAGCUACCGGAUUUAAAGCAAGAACAAAAGGCUCAACGAACCGCUACGUUAGAAACGCUGAGUAUUUUACACGCGAAAUUGGAACGAGGGCUGAAAAAUAUUUCGAACAGGACGAAAGCGCGACCAAAAUUUCAUCCGGAUACUCCAAGGGACUCCGGUACCCCAGCGAAUUCAAGUCCGACCACGAUACGCACAUCCGGCCGUAAAUCGACAAUCGGCGGUAAACUGAGAAAAAAAUCGUCGACCUCCCAGGGAAACAAGCCAGACAAACUUAGGAAAGAAUCGAGCUCAAAAUCCACAAAACAAUUGUUCAGCAUGGCUGAAUCGUGGAGCAGCGACUCCGUGGUCAGUCAUUCGGAUAACUGUGCCUGCUGUCACAGCCGAGAGCCUUGCCCCUUUCACGGAAGCGACUUCUACGGAAAAUAAAACUACUCUGUUUGUUCUAUCAUCUGAGAAAUUUCCAUGCUUUACUAACGAAUGCGCAAAUAAGUCGAUGUAGUUACUAGGAGAUAUACGAUGAAGUUUGAAGAAAAUCUCGUAAUUUACUGU